AUUAUUGUUGAUCACGCCCACUUGAAAGUAGCCACACCCACCCGCCAUUAUGACUAAUCUUAGGGAGAAUUAUUUAGUUCUUCUUCAAUCGCUGGAAGUUGAUCCGGUUCUUCCUUUUCUUUAUGCCGAGGGACUCCUCACUAGGGCCGAGUAUGAUAGGCUGCAGAGCCCAGAGAUGAUGGCCCAGGAUAGGAAGACGAGGGCAGACCACUUGCUCCGUUUAUUGCCUAAUAAAGGCAAGAAUUACUUCCAGAAGUUCUGUAUAUGUAUUGGAAAGUCGGGACAGAUCGAGUUACUGGAGAAAAUUGGAUUCGAUUUGACGUUACUCCCAGCUGAAAAGCCAUUAAGAACAUUCGAAAAUCAGUCGGGCCCGGCUCGCGAGAGUGACCGUUUGAAGCCUGUUCAAAUUCAUUUACAAGGAGCUCACUUUAACCCAGUACCCCUAAUUUACCAAGAAACCACACCCACUUCUCAAGGGGAGCCCACACCCAAAACCCAGCGAAUACUCAUAUUAUAUUCAAAUGAUCCUCAAGUCUCAUCGUUACCCCCUGACGUCAGACAUACUCAGGACGAAUACUUGAAAAGAGUUUCUGAUUUCGUACAAACACUUCAAAUGUUCUCUACGGUGAGUGGAACAGAUGGGCGGAGCUACUCCGCCUACAAAUGCAUUUACGACGUCGACGAAUCUCAAAGAGAACAUAUACAAAAUUUUAACGUGUGGUCUUUCGAAAAUUUAGAAACCUGUGACGCUAUUAUCCUCCUAAUGUCCCCUUCAAUUGGGGAAGUACUGCGAGGGAGAAGUCCUGUUUUGGAGAUGGAAAAGGGCGUGGCUGACUCCCACACGCUAAUUAACGUUCUACCGAGAAAACGGGUCAUACCAGUUUAUCUUAACAUGCCGAAGGUGGCAGACUGGUUGCCUGUAUUUUUAAAGAGCACUCCGUCAUAUUUCAUCGAUUUAUUGGGAUUCCAGAGUGGAAUGAGCACAGUGACCAGUGAAGAGGAAUUUGGGAGACGCUCGUAUUUAUUAUUAGACGAAGAUCCGAACUUGAAGGAAAUGAGGGAUCUCUUAGCCGUCCUUCGUAGGGAACCUCCUCCGGAAAACCCAACUACUGUAUUUGCCGUACCACCACCUAAAAGUUCUGAUUUAAAGUCCCAAGGUAUCCCGACUAAAUACCUUGACUUGGUGACCAGAAUGAUCCCACAUAUCUGGGACAGAGUUGGACUCAAACUGGGUUUCACACUGAUGGAAAUCGAGUCGAUACGGUCUCGAAAUAAAGAUGAUCCAGAACAAUCCAUUCACUCGAUGUUUUCAAAAUGGCAGGAAAGAGAUGGAGCGGAGGCGACGAUCGAUAUUCUAAUUAAAGUCCUUCAGGAACUACGUCUGAACGGGGUAGUGUAUAAAGUAAAAGCAGAAGUAGAGAAAGACAAGCAAAAAGAGAAGAAAUGAGUUUCUAGUUUGGUGUUUUUGUUUGUUGUUAUCGUUGGCAAGAAUGUAAAUUUAAA